GAAUAAAAGAGGUGCGCCAAGUAAUAUUGAAGGUGCGCCGAGAACGUCCGUAAAGAUUUCUAGAUUCCAAACAGCGGCGGCGGAUUGCCAUACUACCCAGAGUACCCCACGUCCUCUGCUCCUGUAUUAACAUGUGACAUGUUCCCUUCCCGAUCUAACUCCAGCUACCUGCAAUUCUGCAUUUUCUUGCCCAGUCCUCCAUAGCAAUGAACAUCUAACCAUCCAAACUCUUCUCUGCAAACAAGUUGUUAAGUUCCUCGCUGCCCGUCAAUCAAAUCAAUCAAAUGACCCUCCACUCUUCUCUCUCACUUCCUCUCUCUCUUCUAUCCCCUCCCAACCCCAAAGUCUCUACCACCUCCACCGUUCUCUUCACUCCAGUUCGCACUUUAUGUCGCCGGAAACAGUUUCUAGCGGUGAAUUGUCAUAACGCUAGCGUCACUGCCGCCGUCGGAGAUGACUUACCCCUCGACUAUGCGAACUGGACCCCCAAUCGAAACUCCUCUGCUAGUGAUCGCAGAAGAGCUGGAGUGCUCCUCCACCCCACAUCGUUUCCUGGCCCUUAUGGCAUCGGAGACCUAGGUCCCCAGGCUUUCCGGUUCCUCGAUUGGCUUCACGACGCCGGUUGCUCUCUUUGGCAGGUACUUCCUCUUGUUCCUCCUGGAAGAAGAGCCAAUGAGGAAGGAUCACCUUAUUCGGGCCAGGAUGCAAAUUGUGGAAACACCCUUUUAAUUUCACUUGAAGAACUCGUGGAUGAUGGUUUGCUGCUGAAAGAGGAGCUUCCAGAGCCUCGAUUCACGGAUCGUGUGGAUUUCUCAAGUGUUGCUGAAAUAAAGGAUCCUCUUAUAGCUAGGGCUGCAGAGAGGCUUAUUUCCAGUCGAGGGAAUCUCAAAUAUGAGCUUCAACAGUUCCGCAAGGAUAGAAAUAUUGCGAGUUGGCUUGAAGAUGCAGCAUGUUUUGCUGCUAUAGACAGUAAUUUUAAUACACUAAGUUGGUAUAAUUGGCCAGAACCAUUAAAAAACCGGCAUCUUGCUGCAUUAGAAGACAUUUAUCAAAGUAAAAAGGAUUUUAUAGAUAUAUUCAUUGCUCAACAGUUCUUGUUCCAAAGGCAGUGGAAAAAGCUGCGCAAUUAUGCACGUACCAAGGGAAUUAGUAUAAUGGGAGACAUGCCAAUUUAUGUUGGCUAUCACAGUGCAGAUGUUUGGGCAAACACAAAACAAUUUUUGCUGAACAGAAAAGGCUUCCCCCUUCUGGUUAGUGGAGUCCCCCCUGAUGCUUUCAGCAAAACUGGUCAGCUAUGGGGCAGCCCUUUAUAUGAUUGGAAAGCUAUGGAGAAAGAUGGAUUCUCAUGGUGGAUAUGCCGAAUUAGACGAGCACAGGAUCUUUUUGAUGACUUCAGGAUAGAUCAUUUCAGAGGAUUUGCAGGAUUCUGGGCGGUCCCCUCUGAAGCAAAGAUUGCAAUGGAUGGCCGUUGGAAGGUGGGUCCUGGAAGACCUUUAUUUGAUUCCAUCUCGAGAGCUGUUGGAAAGAUAACUAUUAUAGCUGAAGACUUGGGUGUUAUCACUGAGGAUGUAGUUCAACUUAGGAAGUCAAUUGGGGCACCAGGGAUGGCUGUCCUGCAAUUUGGUUUUGGAAGUGAUGCGGAAAACCCUCACCUGCCUCAUAACCAUGAGUGCAAUCAAGUGGUAUAUACUGGGACUCAUGAUAAUGACACGAUCAGAGGCUGGUGGGAUGUCUUGCCACAGGAAGAGAAAUCCAAUGUAUUAAAGUAUCUUCCAGGCAUUGAUGAACAUGAAAUUUCCUGGGGCCUAAUCCAGUCUGCACUUUCUUCAGUGGCACAAACCACAAUUAUACCCAUGCAGGAUAUAUUAGGUCUUGGAAGUUCUGCUAGGAUGAACAUUCCUGCAACACAGUUUGGGAACUGGAGUUGGAGAAUACCUCAAUCUAUUAGCUUUGACAACUUGGGGGAUGAAGCAAAGAAAUUAAGGAAUAUGCUUGAAACUUAUGGGCGGCUAUGAUUUCUUGGAAUAUAAAAAUUGGAGUAAAUGUUCUGUUUCAGCCUGAGCCUUUUCAUGAAUUAGGUUGUACAUAUGUACUAAAUACUAAAAGUCAAAGGUGAAUCAAAUUAAGAAGAUAUAUGAUCGUGAAGGAUCAAAAGCUCUUUCUAGGAAGCCCCUUGUCUUCCCAUAUUAUUAUGUUUGAUAGUUCCUGAAUUAAAGGCAAGCAACAUGAAUGUGCCUAUUUCAAUAAUGCAAUGUCAGUUAUGAAGAUUUGCU